AUGAGCGUGGAUUUUGUGUUUGGCCCACCGAAAGAUUCGGAAGGCAACACUGGUAUUGUGGUCUUUGUUGACCGAUUGAGCAAGAUGGCUCACUUAGCGGCUGUGCCGGAUAGCAUUGAUGCGGAAGGUACAGCAAAGCUGUUUAUCGACCGUGUCUUUCGCCAACAUGGCUUGCCUGUGGCAAUUAUCUCUGAUAGAGACCCCCGCUUCACUGGGAAGUUUUGA